AUGAGUUUGAGUGUUCUCUUUUUGAUACUGAGUUGUGUGCAUGUUCGAGAUGUGAGAGGAUAUCCGAGUGGUGCUCCUCAAUCUGAGUGUGUUGCUAUGACUCCACGUGGUCCUCAUGGGGCUUCACAGACAACGACGAGUCCAUACCAAAUCACAACAGAUGCUCUACCGAAUGGAUAUGUUCCUGGAGAAACAUAUACUGGUCGGCAAGAACAAAAGUUUUUGUACAAACAUGGUGCAUUUUCUAUCUCUAAAACGUUGCCCUCUGAUUCGGACUUCAGAGGAUUUCUCUGUCAAGUUCGUCAAGUUGGUAGAACAACUGCUGUUGGCACAUUUUCAGUGAGGAAUACCCUGAAGGCUCGAACUCUCGACUGCUCAAAUGAAAAUGAUGCCGUUACUCACACAAAUGACCUUCUAACAUCACAACAACUAUUUGACUGGACUGCCCCAUCAAUCGGAGUAGGGACGCAACUGGAAAUUAUGUAA